AUGGCGCCAACAUCACGCAUUUUUCUCACCCGCCAUGCUCAGGCCGAGAGCAACGUCGACCUCGACUACAGCAUCCCCGAUGCCCCUUUGACGGCCUUAGGCAAGAAGCAGGCCGCUUCUCUCGCCCUUCAGAUCCCCAAGCUUCAAGAAGAAAUCGACCUUGUGCUUUCCUCGCCUCUCAAACGUACAUUGCAAACCACAAAAUUAGCCUGGGCCCCGGCGAUCCAGCGUCUAGGUGGGCUAUCCAAAGUCCUCUGCCUGCCCCAAGCGCAAGAAUGCAACGGAUGGCCCUGCGACACUGGCUCUUCCAAAGACACUUUACUAGCAGAUCCAGAAUUCGCAGAAUUCGACCUCUCCCUCCUGACGCCGGACUGGACCUCCAAGCAAGGCUUCUAUGCGAUCGACAUCGUGAGUCUUCAUAAACGUGCACAAUGGGUCCGGCAGUUCUUGAGAGAUCGACCAGAGAAGAAUAUCGUUCUGGUCGCGCACGGUGAUUUUCUGAGAACCAUCACGAGAGAAGCAGACCGUUUCUCGACUUAUCCUUGGAAGAAUGCCGAG